GCUUGCAUUCAAUGCAGUGACUAGUUUUUCUGGAAAUACUAUUAUCUGCUAUUUCUGUUUCCCAUUCUUCUACAUUCCUUUUUUAUUCUCUUCCUCUGUUAAGAUUGAACUACCCACACAAUCCUUGAUAUACUACUUUUCCUUGCUUCUAAUGUUGAAGGCCAACUAAGAAUUUCCCUAAUUUUCUUAUUUCUUAUUUUAUUUUCUUGCAGUUCUUGGGUGAACAUUUGAAUGUGGAGUACUUAGAACAAGAAUUUCUCAGCUCGGAGGCCUUAUGAUUUGAAGAAGAAGAAAGUACAAACUUCUCUACUCCAAGUUUAGAAGACAAAAUGCCAUUUCUCCAGAUGCUUCAAAGUGUAGAAACCCCAUCAGUUUUCCCUUUCAAAGAACCCAACUUUCAGACACUUUUGAGACUCCAACACCUGAAAAAACCAUGGGAUGUAAUAAACCCUUACGUCUCUGAAAUGGAAAACCAAAUCCAAGUCUUAGAACUUGAAAGUUGCAUCACCCAAGAGAUAUUAGACUUGCAUUCACCGGUGAAAUCACAAUCAGAAACCAAAGACCUCCAAAACCCACAUUCAACUUCAUGCCUGGAAGGUGCGAGCUCAGAAUCCAACCAAGACCAACCCAACUCGGUAGAAAUCACUCACCCUAACCCACAAACCAGGCCUAAACACACCCAGUUCUCGAAAUCUCUUCCAGUCACUCGAGAAAGAAGAAAAAGAAAGCGAACAAAACCAACCAAGAACAAAGAAGAAGUAGAGAGCCAACGCAUGACCCACAUUGCAGUUGAACGUAACCGCAGACGUCAAAUGAAUGACCAUCUCAAUGCUCUCCGUUCUCUCAUGCCUCCAUCUUACGUCCAAAGAGGUGACCAAGCAUCCAUUAUUGGGGGUGCAAUAGACUUCGUGAAGGAACUUGAGCAACUUUUACUAUCCCUUGAAGCCCAAAAGCGAAUGAGAAUGGAAAAAACCACC